AAAUUGUGGGACUUUUCGCAAGAAAAAAAAACAAAAAAGACAGUCACGGCGUGUCACGUGCGAAACGAUUACAUAAUCGGUCAAUUUUCAUUUGCUUUUUUUCGCGGUGUUUAUCUGCAGGAACCCCAUCGUGAAAAAACCCUUUCACCACUGGAAAAUUGGCCUCUACGGACAUAAUCUGGGAAAAGUUUUCUCUGGUUGAAUUUUUUUUCCAAGAUUAGCUUAAAAUUUUUACCUUUUGUUAAUACUGAUAGUUUCCUUUUAGGUUCUUUUGUUCAAUAGCCAUAAUAAGGUAUGUACCCAGGAUCCAAGAAGUCAACCAGACAAAGAGACGACGUUGACGAUGCCAAAGCCCUUGAUAUACGUGGAGCUGAUGUUGUUGAUGUUGAUGUUGAUGUUGAUGUUGUUGGCAAGUUUUAUAACGAUAUACUAACAGAGUUUAGAAAUAAAAAUGAAGGUUGAAAUUGAUUCCUUUUCAGGUUCUAAAAUCUACCCAGGUAGAGGUACUUUAUUCGUCAGAGGUGACUCUAAAAUUUUCAGAUUCCAAUCCUCUAAAUCUGCUUCUUUAUUCCAACAAAGAAAGAACCCAAGAAGAAUUGCUUGGACUGUUUUAUACAGAAGACAACACAAGAAAGGUAUCUCUGAAGAAACCACCAAGAGAAGAACCAGAAAAACUGUUAAAAACCAAAGAGCCAUUGUUGGUGCUUCUUUAGAAUUAAUUAAAGAAAGAAGAAACCAAAAACCAGCUGAAAGAAAAGCUGCUAGAGAAGAAAGAUUAGCUAAAGACAAAGAAGCUAAAAAAGUUGCUAAAGCUGCUAGAAAAGCUGAAAAAGCUAAGUCUGCUGCUUCUGGUGCUCAAUCUAAAGUUUCUAAACAACAAUCAAAAGGUGCUUUCCAAAAAGUUCACGCUACCUCCCGUUAA